AUGGGUUUAACUGAAAGGGUAGAGUGUACUGAAAAAAUAACUGACUUAGAACGGUUAAAUUACUUUAUCUGCGGUAAAACUCAUUCAGAUAUUAUUGAAUUUAUUGAACUAUUGAGUGAGAGUGUUAAAGGAAAAGUAUUAGUACAGCAGCAGGAAUAUGAAGAAAAAAACAAUGAAAGAUCUGAUCUUGGAUUUAAAUCAAUUGUAAUUAUUCUCAAAUUGCUAUCUAAAUUAGACUCUAACAUAGACGAGAUUCCACCAAUAAAACAACCAAUGAGAUUUGGGAACAAAGCUUUUCAGGCUUGGUAUGACAAAACAAACCAGACGUGUACAUCUUAUAUUUCUGAUAUUCUGAAGGAAAAUUCUGAAAAAUAUUUGCAAGAAAUUACGAAUUAUUUUGCAGAAUCAUUCGGAAAUAGAUCCAGAGUUGAUUAUGGAACUGGCCACGAACUUAAUUUUAUUCUUUUUCUUAUGUGUAUUUAUAGGCUUGGAAUAUUCCAGAAAAGUGAUUUUCCUGACCUGAUAUUGGUUGUAUUCCAUAGAUAUAUUCUUUUAAUGAGAAGACUUCAGUCUGUAUAUCUGCUAGAGCCUGCUGGUUCAAGGGGAGUUUGGGGUCUAGACGAUUACCAGUUUCUCCCUUUUUUGUUCGGUUCUGCUCAGUUUAUAAACUCAAGUGAGCUGUUUCCCGUCCUUACAAGUCAAAUACUUGAUCGUUCAAUACUAGAAACCUAUUCUGCAAAAUUGCUAUACAUUAAUUCUAUACAGCAUAUUCUUAAUAUGAAGACAAACGUAUAUUUUGCAGAAUGCUCUCCUAUUUUAUAUAGUUUAACUUCUGUUCCAACUUGGGAAAAAAUUUACUCUGGUAUGAUUAAAAUGUACGUAGCAGAGAUUCUAAAUAAAUUCCCCAUUGCACAACAUAUCUCAUUUGGGAAUUUAAUUCCGUUCGAGUAA